AUGGCUUCCAUUCUUCCCCGAACCGGCUUCAGAGCUCUCUCUGCGCUCCCUAGAGCUCUCCCUGUGUCAAGGAUGGCUUUCUCCCGCCAGCUCCCUCGUGCGCUGCCCCUCAUGCAGCCCUUCGGUCGCAGAUUCCUUGCGACCGUGCCCCAGGAUCAGCCUCGCCUGCGAUUGGGCUCAACAGCUCCAAACUUCAAGGCCCUGACUACCCAUGGUGAAAUUGAUUUCCACGAGUUCAUCGGCGACAACUGGGCCAUUCUUUUCUCCCAUCCCGCCGACUUCACCCCGGUAUGCACAACCGAACUCGGUGCUUUCGCCAAGUUGAAGGGUGAAUUCGACAAGAGAGGUGUCAAGAUGAUCGGUCUGAGCGCCGAUGAUCUCAGCUCCCACGGUGACUGGGUCAAGGAUAUCAACGAGGUUGCGUCAACCACCGUCCAAUUCCCUAUCAUUGCCGAUCCCGACCGUAAGGUCGCCUUCCUCUACGAUAUGAUCGACCAGCGCGACCUGGAUAACAUCGCUGAAAAGGGCAUUCCCUUUACCAUCCGGGCAGUGUUCGUCAUUGAUCCGGCCAAAAAGAUCCGUCUGACCAUGUUGUACCCGGCGUCCACUGGUCGCAACUCCGCGGAGGUUCUGCGGGUCAUUGAUGCCCUGCAGACAGCGGACAAGAAGGGUGUUGCAACCCCCAUCGACUGGACUGUGGGCGAGGACGUGAUUGUUCCCCCGUCUGUUUCUACCGAGGAUGCGAAGAAAAAGUUUGGUGACGUGCGGGAGAUCAAGUCUUACCUGCGCUACACCAAGGCCUAG